AUGGUUUACAACGCAAAGGAAUUGCAGACCAACAUGAACAUGCUGCAUAAAGCUGAGUCUACCAGCCUUGAAGCCUUGCUUCUAAAGAACCAAGCCAUUGUGUCCAAAACUACCUCUCUCAGCAGGUUCUGUUCUCUCAGCUCUCCAUUGACAAUGCCAAAAGAUUGGCUAAAGGAAGAGAUAAGGGUCUCAGCCUGGUUUCUCAGCAGGUCUCAGCCUGGUCUCCCAGCAGCUUGUUGUGGGUCCCAGCCUGGUCUCUUUGUGGCUCAUGAUUUUGUGCUUGUUUGGGAGGUGAAAAAGAAAAGGUCAAAAAGGCAGAAAGUGAGGUCCACAUAUCAGGAAAUGGAAAGAGAAGAAAAAGAUACAACAAAAAUGAACUUGUACAACAGACAUGAAAAAUGGAGAAAGAAAUUUGUGAAAAAUUUACAGAAUGCAGGGCUUUUGAUGGAGAAGGAUGUAACUAUCAGUGAGAAGAAGUGUAUCCAUUACCUGAAGCUGAGUGCCCCCUGGGAUGUACUGGUGUAUUAUGCUGAAGAGUUGUCGCUGAGGGCUCCCCUACAGGCUCAGCCCAACCCCUGCAUGAAUACGUCUGAGGCAAUCCUGAGAAAGCUCCGUAUUCCCAACAUAAUGACUGAGAAUGUUCCCAACAGGCCAGUGGAUUAUUACACCUGUCCUUUCCGUAAAUCCAAGCUGGACAAGUUUUUGGGAAGCAGUAAUCAUGAGACAUACUUUACUAACACACAGAGGCAUCGGAUUGUUUAUGAAAUUCUAGCCACAACAGUGUACGGGAAAAGGAAGAGAACACAAAUUGGGAUUGAUCGCUUGCUAAAUGAAAACAUCUUUGCAUCUGCUUUCCCACUCCAUGAGGGCCCCUAUGAAUUACCAGAGUAUGAAGUACCUCCAGAAAGUCUGAAUCCAAGACAAAGUUUGUAUAAGUAUUGGGCUCGUUGGUCCCAGUGGUAUAGAUAUCAACCACUUGAUCACAUCCGAGAGUACUUUGGAGAAAAGAUUGCCAUUUACUUUGCUUGGCUGGGUUUUUACACAACUUGGCUUCUCCCUGCUGCUAUAGUUGGGACAUUAGUCUUCAUCUCUGGGCUAAUGUCAAUGAAUACAAGCAAACCAGCAGAAGAGAUUUGUAAUAGCAGCAACCUGUAUCUCAUGUGCCCUCUCUGUGACACUUGUGAUACCUGGAAUAUUUCAGAGAUCUGUUCCAUGGCUAAACUUGGUUACCUCUUUGACCAUCCUGGCACAGUCUUCUUCAGCAUCUUCAUGUCUUUCUGGGCAGUGACCUUCUUGGAAUACUGGAAACGGAAGAAUGCUACUCUGGCACAUCACUGGGAUUCCGUGAACUUUGAGGAAGAGGAGGAACGUCCCAGACCUGAGUUUGCUGCAAGGGCACCAAUGAUGGAACAGAAUCCAGUCACUGGAAUCAAGGAACCAUAUUUCCCUGAGAAAGACCGCCUAUCCCGAAUCAUCACAGGAUCGAUGGUUAUCAUAAUUAUGUUGUUUAUAGUGAUGAUUUUCCUGGUGACCGUGAUCAUGUACCGUGGGAUUAUCAGUGUGAUGAUGUACCACACAGGCAACGCUAUCCUAAAGACUCAGGCUGAAAACAUAGCGAAUAUCAGCAGCUCCUUAGUAAACCUUAUUCUCAUCCUGCUCAUGGGCCAGGUCUACACUUCGCUGGCAGAAAAACUCACCAGAUGGGAGAUGCACCGCACACAGACGCAGUUCGAAGAUGCAUUCACAUUUAAAGUGUUUGUGUUCCAGUUUGUUAACUUCUAUUCCUCCCCAUUCUAUGUGGCAUUUGUCAAAGGAAGGUUUGUGGGUUAUCCAGGACAUUAUGGAAAGCUGUUUGGGAUGAGAAAUGAGGAUUGUGGCUCAGGAGGAUGUCUGAUUGAACUCGCUCAGCAACUUUUCAUAAUCAUGGUGGGGAAACAGAUAAUCAGCAACAUUGAGGAGUUUGCUAUCCCGAAGCUAAAGGCCUGGUGGCAGAAUCGAAAACUGGCCAUUGUCAGGGGCUCUCAGAUCUGUCAAGAGCCCAAGCGAUGGGAGGUUGACAAUGAACUCAUUCCACCUGAAGGCUUGAUUGAUGAGUAUCUAGAAAUGGUCCUACAGUUCGGUUUCAUCACUAUCUUUGUGGCUGCCUUUCCACUGGCUCCUCUUUUUGCUUUACUUAAUAACUGGGUGGAGAUUCGUCUAGAUGCUCAGAAGUUUGUGUGUGAAUACCGGAGGCCAGUGGCUGAGCGUGCUCAGGACAUCGCAGUCUGGUUCAAUAUCCUCGAAGCGUUGGCUCAGCUUUCGGUCAUUAUUAACGCCUUCCUGAUUGCAUUUACAUCUGAAUUCCUGCCCCGCCUACUCUAUCAAUAUGAAUACAGUGUUCACUUGGACGGAUACAUAAACUUUACAUUAGCAUAUGCUCCCAACACCUAUGUGCAAAGCAAUCAUACCAUGUGCAGGUACAAAGCAUUCCGUGAUCCAGAUGGAAAUCUCACACUGUUCUACUGGAAGCUGCUGGCUGUUCGACUUGGAUUUAUCAUUGCCUUUGAGCAUGUGGUGUAUUUUAUUGUCCGUACUAUUGACUGGAUAGUACCGGAUAUUCCAGAAUUCCUUGAGAUGAAAAUGAAACGGGAGCGGUAUCUGGCGAAGCAGGCAUUAGCAGAUAACCAGGAUGUUUAUCUGUCGGAAGCGUUAUAUCUGACAGAACCGUAAGCCAGCAAGUAGCAGCUAGGCCCCGUUCUGGGGAAAGGAGCUCACUGGCUGAAUCACCUGAAAAUAGCCCACUAAGCUGUUCCCAUGGCAAUAGGUGAUGUGGGGAUGAAGUCGCAGGAUGAUGGUAUUGAUUCACUCGUACAAGUCAAUGCUUUUGGUUCGGCAUCUGCUGCAGAUGUGGCAUUUUAUACCCUAACCAGCUGCCUGUGCAUGGCUGUGCAGCAUCUCUGUUUUAGCGAUGGAUACAAGCGUCAAGAUUGGCCUGUUCCGCUCUCCCUCCUCCAAACACCCAACAGUGCUAAGGAUUGAAAAUACAUUGUGUGCUGACUGACAUUUCCCUUUUCCUGAACAAAGUGGCUCUCUCUUGUUACUGUCCUGAACAUAUCCAGGUCCACGCUGAUGGGCUGUUCCUUUGUGUUCUCCUUGAUGCGUUAGCACUGUCACCCACAACAUUAACUCCAACUGAUUGAAGUAUAAGUGUGACAGUAUAGCAUAAAAUAUGCAACUUUUUGCCACUACAUCCUUAAACUUUCAAGGCCUGUGCGUGACUAGAAAUGCCCUGGUCAUGAAUCCGGAAAAGGAUGGAGCUCCUCAAAGACGAUGUCAAUCCUACUAAUAAGGUGAGGAAGCAGACUGUGUCAAGGAGCUGACCAGACACAGUGAGGACACAGAUUUACACUCCAGCUACCAAAAGAGCCCAAUUUGGAAAUGCCCCGAAUCCCUCUAUCUAAUUCCAGAACAGGUAGACGCAGGCAUUUAAGGCAUACAUAUGUUUUUGGACCAUGCACAAAUGCACAUGAACGUGUUGCCAGUUGCUUGAACUGUGGAGGAACUUUUCUGUUCAGCUGUAAGCCUUAGUUGAGCCUUGCUGGGCUGGUAUCUACAAGCCGAACAAGAAAGCAACACAGCUCUGCCCUGCUUGGAAACAUGACGACAGGAAGACCAAACCAUUUGAAUAUAUAUCACUGCUACUUUGCCUUCUUACUGUGCAUCAAUCACAAAAGUAAAAGAGUUGCUCAAUAAAGAAUAUAGAUCCAAACGAUAUGUGACCUGAACUUGCUCCUCACUGCAUUUUUGCUUGGUAGAGAUCUGUAUUCUCAGUAACAGUAUUUAAUCUAAAAACGCACAUGUAAAACUUGUCAUUUGGCUCCCAUAUCUCUACUCUGCAUCUAUUACAACCUUUCUUGUCUCUCUCUGUCUCUCUAUUUUAUCAAAACUACUACAACUGAUCCUCAUUUGAACUUGCUUAUUUUGUUCCAAACAAAAACAUAAAUUGCUGGAAAAGCUCAGCAGGUCUGGCAGCAUCUGUGGCGAGAAAUCAGAGUUAAUGUUUUGGGUUGCGUGAUCC